AUGGCAAGAAAACCGCACACUAAGUAUUGCAAGAAAUGUUACAAUGAAGGAGAAUCUACAGGGAACAUGAGCAAGCACGUUCGGGCCUUGCAUCGUUCGCUUAUGGAGGAUCAGAAUGGAAAGAUUAGCAAACCCAAAGUUUCGGAUUCUCGCGCUGAAAUGAGGAGGGUACUCAGAAUCUCUCAAUCAAUAUCCAACGAGUACGAGAAAAACGUGCAAAACUUCAGAACGGCAUUGCUUGCUGCAGAAGGGUUUUUGCCGCUCAACAUUGUGGAGGCUGAAAGCUGGGGUCCGUUUACAAAACGAAGAGAUCAAUUACAAGCCCCCAUCAGAUCUAAAGCCGCCUUCGUGAAAAUGCUAAAAACAUAUUCCGCUAUGUUGGACCAAACACUUUGUCUCAACCUCAAAGACACUCAAUUUGUAAACGUCCAAUUGAACAUCCGAACAGCGAGAAGUGGUGAGUCGUAUAUGGGAUUGAUGGUCUCGUUUGCUCCUAACGUGUGGAACACCAAAACACUCGAUGAAGUGGAAGAUCAUAAUAUUUUAAUGAACGAUGAAGGGGCGGCUAAAAACGUACAUCAGCUUGAUUACGUUUGUUUGGGCGGAAAACCCCCCAAACCGGUAAACGUUCUGACAGUUUUGUUGCAACUUUUGAGAAAAUACGAACUUACGGAGAAAGUUGCGACAAUCACCAUGGACACUGCCAGUCUUAAUGCCUCCCUUUACCAAUCAUUAGUUUUAUCGCUUUCUGAUGACAAAAAUUGUGUGGCGAGUCGUCUUGUUGGCAAAGCCCGCUAUGUUCGAAGUGCGAGCCAUGUCUUGGAUGCACAGGUCGACGCGAUAGUUUUGGAAUUGUCAAAGUAUUCAGACUUUGCGAAUGCUUUGCAUAGCAUUAAGAUGAUAGCAAAGAUUACGAGGCGCUCAACCCGAAUUCGGCUCAGUAUGAAAAAAGAUAAGGUACCAUUUCUCCCGCUAGAAACAUCCACCCGAGGGAUGUACAUUUGGCGUCAGGUAAAUGCAUUUCUCAAAGCCAGUACCAAAUAUACAAUCUGGUUUCUUAAGCAUGAAGAGAAUGGUGAUAAAGAUAUAGUCUCGAUGCUUCGUGAGUACAUUCAUUUUGAUCAGGAGAUCUUGAAACUGUUGCAAUAUUUCGUCCACAGUCUUCAGCCCUUGUAUGAUCUCUCAUCAAAAGUUCAAAAUGACGCUUACAACCACCUUUCAAAUGGGGUACCGCUCUACUAUUUGGCAGAGGAAUUCUAUUUUUUCUGUCAAAGAGCUUCAGAGGGCAGCCGAAUUCCUAGAGCAGCUAAAGGACCUGAUUUUUCAUGCUUGAACGGAGCGCCCGAGCUCACUCGCGCCCAUAAACUUUUCGUUUUGAAUUCGAUUUUGAAAACGCGGGCAAGUUACGACAAGCACAUGGUAUCAAUUCGGCAGGACCCGCUAUCUUACGUUGCAGUGAUACUAGAUCCGGGUGCGAGGACCGAGGCCCUGGACAAAAUGAUGCCUAGGGAGGAGGCCGAAGAAAGGGUAGGCGAAGCUUAUGACUUUCUAAAAAGCUACCUCCAGAGAAUGGACGAACCGGUUGCUUCUAAUCCUUCGAAAUCCUGCCAGCCUCAUGGCUUUGGGAACAAUGAAGAUUUCAUAUUUGACCAAGCGAUUAUUUCAAAAUUCAGCUACGCACCAACUUCGGACGAGGAUGCCACAUCAAUUCAAGAAUCUAGAGCAGAGCUCAUGCAAGAACUAGGCUCGUAUCUAGAGGAAAAGAAACUUGAAGAGAGGACGAAGGAGACCGCCAUUGCAUGGUGGUAUAAAAAUCGAAAGAAGUAUAAACGGCUCUUCCCGCUUGCCGUAUCCUUAUUUUACACCAAACUCAGCUCAUGUGAAGUGGAAAAAACGUAUCCCUUGGCCUCGAGAUUCACCAAGAGAGGCAGAGGCUGGCUUUCCUCGGGCACUUUUCGUUUGCUGCUACUGUUGCGGGACAGGUUUGAUAAAUUUGGUUUCUACAAGCUUGGCGCAAUGCCGCUUCGCAAUUUUUUCGAUGGUGAUGAGCCAGUUAAUGGAACUGAUGGCGCUUCAGACUCUAACGAGCUUUAUCCUGCUUCUGACGACGCUCUCUACGAAAGCGACUCGGAUUUAGAUGACACUGAAUAUGACUACCCGUCAGAGGACGACGACAAAGUAGACUACGAGUUGGACCGGGAGUUAUAUGGGGUGUAUUACGAGGAGUCAUAG